AUUUCGACUAUAGCAUCCGUCAACGUCCGAACGUGGAGCGGCUGGCAGGCUAAGUUCAAGGACACAAGUGGAAUACAACCACCGCGUACCCGAGGCGGACGGAACAGCCCAACAAGAAACAUUUGACAUCCAGAUGGCUACCCCUCCUUCACACUGUGACUCACCAAGUGAUGCUACGGCUGAUCCUACCGGCUCAACGCAGGAACCGACAGAUGCUACGACGCCGGAGCGACCGUCUAGCCACAACGCCAGCACCCCAGGAGAUAACUGUGCCAUUUGCUUGGGACGGGCCGAGAACAAGGCAUUCCCAGAUGGCUGUUAUCACCAUUUCUGCUUCUCCUGCCUUGUUGAGUGGUCCAAAGUGAAAGCCGCAUGUCCCCUGUGUCUGCAACCGUUCAAAAGCAUCAUCCACAACGUCCGCUCAGACGAAGACCACGACCGAUACAUCGUCAGGGAGCAGCCGCGCUCCGCGGUGUUGCCAUUCGGUGGUUCUGCGCGAACACUUUUGAUCCCUGUACAGGUGGUUCCCCGAGGGCAGUUUAUGCAACGUCGACAAGAACGGGAGGGGCAGCCACAGCUGCCCUAUGUAACGCUCCCAAAUCAAUACCCCAACAUUAGCAGGAGGCCCGUAACGAGUUCCUUUAGGCUUCAGAUGUACCUUAGCAACCUGUGGGCUGUCCCCCACAUCCCGAGCUCUCGCCAUGUGUCACCAGAACUCUACCGUGCGAAUCCACAUCAAGUUGAGCGUCUCGUCCCCUGGAUCAACCGCGAGCUGAACGCAUUGAUGGAGCGCAACGAAACGCGUGUAUCGGCUGCUUCAAAUUACGUGCUGUCUCUAAUCUUGAAUUUGGACAUCAGGCAUCCCGACUUUUCCCAAAAGGUACAACCUUUGCUCAUUGCGCGUACGGAGCACUUUGUCCAUGAGUUCUAUUCAUUUGCAAGCUCAAUGUUUGAAACCAUGGACGAUUAUGAUCGUCACAUAGUGUACGCUUCGCGCUCCUUAGGUUGGUCUGAGGCAAACCCUGUCGAUUGUUUCACGCGGGUCUUCCUGGGCUUGACACCAGCAUCUGCUCCAAGAGCAUCGGCUGCACCAGUUGUAACGUACGACCCGCGUCAGCCGCGUUCCGGCGGCCGUGCUGUUUUAAGGGUGCCGGUGGUCGCGUCAAGAACGGACAACGACAGCAACUUUGACCGCUCGAACUGCUUCGUGGUGACAGUGCCAAACCCGUUCAGGAACAGAACUCCCGAAGUGUUCAACGAGGACAAUGUCUCCGCAAGUGACAUCGCACGUCCAUGCGACCAGGGUGCGGGACCGAGUAACUCAAGUUGCCCAUCGGAUGAUAGGACUCUCGAUCGUCGUGCCACAAGCGACUCGUUCUCGAGGGAUGAAAAUGCGUAGUAGCCUGGGAGCAGUUGCGUUUGACGUUGUGCCACAAGCGAUUCAUAAAGCGAUGCAGAUUACCACCUUCAUAGGCGGAAUCCGCAAGCACACGCACGAGAGCAUUUAAUGGAGGCACGCGACGAACUCUAGACAAGCAUGGGCCCUAUUUACUGUCUGGGCAAAGAAAAGAGUACGAACGUGAUGCAGGUUGGGGUUGCAGCUUCGAUAGCUCGAUGCUAUCAUUCUCACCACCAUCACCACCAACACUGACUGGUUUAGGAAAAAGUCGACGAGGAAAUGUAACCUCAACGAGUCGUACUUUACACUUGAUUUUAGCUUUUCAGAUAUGUCUAGAGAUGUACACUGAAGGGUUGUUCUUAGCGUACCAACUUUAUUUGUUUCAUUGGUUGACUCUUUAAGUGUACAUGUGGUUUAUUUUCGUUCACUCAGUGUCCAAACCUAAAUCAUCUCAUACCUUUGCUUGGCAACCUCACCAUUCACGGCCAAUUCUAAAUAAACUUCAUGACGAAGGCCU